GUGAUUUUGUGUUACAAUUCACUCGAUAUGCUUUGCUGACCUCUUCCCUGCUGUACAGCUUUACUGGAGCCGAUCUAAGCACGUGCCUUCUAGGCGGGGAAAAUGACUCGACAGAAUUAGGCAGUGCACGCCUAAAACUGCAGGAGCUCAUAACGCGGCACCGCUCCGCUACGCGUCUCGGACUUCUGGUCUUGACGAUCAAUACUACUGUGGCAAUGGCAAGGUAGCGACUGGGAUAGCUGGGUUCCAUGUCAACGGAGAAUAUGAGCGUCCCGGGCUGGUAUAUAGAGCUAUGGUGGCAAGCCCUCUGGUCUGCAUCCAAACCUCCCAUAUCUUACACUCCACGGUAAUUCCUUCUUUCUGCCGUCCAUCAUGCGUUCUGUACUAUCUCUUGCCACCAUCGCCCUUCUCGCCCGUUCCGCAUAUGGGAUUCUAACCGUCCCUCCCCCUCCUCCGGCAAACGUCACCCAAGGGCCGUGGUACUUCUGGUGCGGGCUGCAGCCGAACGGCGGCGGGGUCAUCCAGCCUGUCCUAGGGUGGAGGGCAAGCGAAGGCACCAGCGUCAACCCCAACACCUCCUUCCCACAAGUGUGGGCAAUGAAUCUCUGGUCCCUCCCCUGGAACUUCGGCGAAGACAACGCUCCUCCCGCUCAGGAAAGCUCGGGUAUAUGGGCGGACCAAGGGUCGCAGAUCGCCUCCUUCGUCCAGUGGCAGGGCGAUCAGUGGUACCAACAGGCGGAUGCCAUCUCCGGUGCUGCUGUAGGCCAGUCGGUGGAGAUGUUCACCCCUGCCAGCUACUUCGUGGGUGAGAACUCCACAACGGCCAAUACACCCAUGACGGUUUGCGAAUCUGAGCUGUACGGCCCCCAAACAGACCUAUGGGACUUUAGCGUCACCUUCACCGACGUCUACUUCCGAGCUGCGACCUCGGAUGGCGUAGAAGACCUCUGCGGCUCCACGUCUGACCACUCGGACGGGAACGGCUUUAUCAGCUUUACGGGCUUCUCGAUGUUGAAUGACGAGACCUGUUAUUGGAAGUCGAUUACUCUUUCGCCGCCUGCUCCGGGUAGCAAAUAGAGCACAGAGGGUCUGGGUGUGAUCAUUCGUUUAUGCAAGGACGUCACGCACCACUACGGACGACUACACUGGGGAUAUCGACCAGGAUGCCUGCGCGCAGCGCGCUAUUGUGCAGAUUGCCCUCUGAUCCCGCCGUUUACGGUGGGUAUGAGUUGCCAGCCCUACCCGCGUCUCUGGGCCCUGCCCUGAGCUCCCUAGGGCAGGGCUUGCGACCCCAGCACCCUGAAACAGCGGGAGGCAUCGACAAAAAGGUGCUCAUGCACCUAACUCGGAAAACACACAGAUAAUAUCCGAAUAAUAC